AUGAAGCCAAAGAAUGUCUGCCCUGCUUCUUCCAUCUUCCUCCUUCUUCGUGCUCCAGCUGCGUUCUCCAGCGAGUCGUCAUCCCAUUCCAUCCUCCAUCUCCCUCAUCCUUCUCAUCUCCCUUUCUCGUCUCCCCGUCGUCGGAGGUUUUCCUCGACCCCUAACCCUAAUUUAGACGAUCCCAACCAGGUCUUGAGUUACGUGAGGAGAAAUUGCAGAGCUGGUGGUGGUUUGUUUACGAGUGUCGGUGAUGCCCUGUGUUGCUUCGGUAAAAUGAUAAAGGCGAGCCCUUUGCCUUCCUCCAGGGAUUUCAAUCUACUGUUGGGCGCUAUAGUGAGGAUGAAGCACUACUCGACUGCCAUCCGCUUGAUUGAGCGGCUGCCUUCUUUGGGGGUCGAGGAUGAUGUUGUGUUGCUCACUAUUUGGAUGAAUUGCUUCUGCCGGUUAAGGCGGGUUGAUUUGGGUUUGUCUAUUCUGGGCAGAAUCUUCAAGCUUGGGUUUCCCAUCACUGUGGUGACGUCGAGCACCCUGAUUGACGGUCUCUUUAUUCAGGGCAAAACUGAUCAAGCCUUGAGGUUCCUCGAUGAUAUGGGACGAAAUGGCCCCGAACCUAAUGAGACCACGUAUGCGAUAAUUGCCAAGGGGUUAUGCAGGGCAGGUAACACCAGAUUGGCCGUUGAAUUGCUGAGGGACUGGGAAGAGAGAAGCUGCAGGCUCGGUUCCUUUGCAUACGGCAUAGUAAUUGAUGGUCUUUGCAAGGAGGGAUUGAUCACAGAGGCGUUGAGACUCCACGGCAUUAUGAGCAAGAAAGGCGUCAAACCAAAUGUUGUUACUUAUAACACCUUGAUCCACGCUAGGCCAAUGGAAAGAUGCGACGGUCUGGAUGGAGAAGAUGAUGGAGGCAGGAAUUGA